CUGGAAUAAAACACUGACUGUUUACAGCUUUCAGUCCACUCAGUCCGCUACACAACAGCCUCGAUGAUGGUGAAGCCUGCUCUCCAUUCUGCAGCUCUGCUGUUGCUGCUGCUGCUUUCUGGGAUUCUGACUGAAUAUGAUGAUCAAGUUCCUCUCAAGGUGGUGGUGAAGAACCAAAUAGAUGGUGUCGCUCCGUUGAACUAUAACACCUCUGUGGUUCACAGAGGGAUCCUACUGGGCGCACUGAAGAGACUCAUGAGCCUCAAUUCAGAUUUUAAAUUUACCUACACAGAGAAUCUAAACUAUGGCCCAUAUCUGGAGAGUGUGAAUGGUUUGGCUGGAAAUAGUGCAGACCACACAUACUGGGAGUUAUUGGUCGAGUAUCCAAAUGGCGCAACCAAAAGACCUGAUGUUGGCAUCGGGUGUUACAUUCCCGCCAUUAACGAGACAAUAAUUCUGAAUUUUACAAAGUGGUGAAGAUUAAGAAAACUGAUGUGCAUCAACACGGGAUCAGAGCCAGCGCUGGAAUUGUCUGUGUAACUGUGUAUUUCAUGAGUGGACAACUAAACAACGUUCAUGUAUGUUAACUGUUGACUGCUGAGUGACGAAAAACAUCUGAAUAAAGGAUCCUUACACGUGUUGUAA